AUGUGUUCAAAUAAAUAAAUAAAUAAAUCAGGGUUUUUCAUAUAUAAUGGUAUCUCAUUUGGCUAAAUCCUUCAUUCACUGACCGUAUUGAAGCUGUGUUUUAAUUACUCUCAUUCAUGCUUAAAUAUUUUAUCCCGUUUCCCUGUAAUCGUUGUUACUUUUUAUCUGAUAUAUGGGAUGUUGUGAUGUGAUUUCUUAAGCUAUCGGAGUUUGGUUUUGAAACUGUAGUUUGUGUAUGCAUCUUAGUAAUCCUUCUGUGGAAAUAUACUGUGAUUCAUGUACGGUGUAUAGAUAUGUUCAGUUGUGAUCUGGAUCGUAGUUCCUACCUGAUGCCUGGUAGUAUUUUACGGUGAACAUUCCCGUAUUUCAGAACCAUAUUGCUCCACGGUUAACGCAAAAUGCCUUUUUCCAGCUCGUUGAAACUGUUUUAUUAGUACCACUGAUUAAGUUCGGUAUGAAACUAAUGGGCCUCCUAGUACUCUGUGGUUGAUUAUGAACUAGCUAUUGAAAAUAAGUAUAAAAUGGAUCACAAAACAGCUGUAUUUUUAAUCAUUCCCUUCUUGACCAGUUGUAUUUUAUUGCUUACUAAUUUUAUCAGGUUUUGCAUGCACUUAGUGUAACCUUUUAAUGUUGCCUCUAGCUUGUUGACCCUUUUGGUUUUUGUAGUGAAAUGACAUCUUUAAGUGACAUAUUGUUACCGUGGGAUCACACAGAGCAACCGAACGACUUGUUUUUAACUUUCCGGAACUCUGACGACUGUAUUGUUCAUGUACCUAUCGCAACAUCGAAUGUUAAUAGCUUGAGGAGCAGCUCAGAUUCAGUUAUUUUGUCUGAACUGAAUAAACAAAUGGAUGCAAGACUUGUGAGCAAAGCUCAGGAAUAUGGCCCUUUAUUGCUUCCGGGGUCAAUAUUUUAUGUAGGCAGUAAUCCUCGUCCUCGUAGGAAAGUCAAUUUGUAUCAUGAAUCCUAUGAAAUUAGUUAUGGUCAAAGAGGAAAUUAUGGAGAAAAUCUCCACACAACUGAAAAUACUGUCAUUUCAAAUGGUGGACUGAAUGACUUAGUUGAAUUAGAAAAACUCUCUUCUACAUUUACUGAUAGGAGGAUUGGAAUGAAUCUUUCGCAAACUGAUGUUGCAAAUUCACUUGGAAAACUUUACGGAGUACAUCGUAGUUUUAAGCAAUUACUUGAAAGUUUAUCCGAUUAUUCUAAGAUGUUGAAGGAUAGUGAAACUGCUGAUGGUCGCGAUAAAAUUAUUCGAGCUGUUGUUGAUUUUCAGAAUAAUAAUAAUAGUAAUAAUAAUAAUGAUACGAAAUCACCAGUCAAAGAAAGUCCUCAGGCUGAAAGUCCCGUUUUUUCGAAAUUCCCAAGACGACGACCGAGAACAAUACUACCUGAUUCUACAAGAAGGGAGUUGGAGCGGAUCUAUAGACAAAAUAAAAAACUAUCUGCACAUGAAUUGAUAGAAUUGGCUAAAGAAUUAAAUGUUGAGAAAAAAAUUAUAAAAGUAUGGUUCUACAAUCGUCAUACACGUAGUAUUAUUGAUCGAAAAAGAAGAUUGAAACGAGCGAAAAGGAAAUGUUAA